AUGUCUCAUUGCUACAUGCGGGCUGACAUUGUGGGGCGGUAUCACAGCCUGACUACUCUGCUGGAAGACCUGCCCGCCGUCCGGUGCUCCCAUUUCAUGCAGGGUCAGGCCAAUGAGGAGAAAACCGCUCGUGACUCGGAACUUGGUCUUCAGGCUGACCCCAGGAGUUUCCAAACCCGGCCCAGAAGGGUACUCUCAACAGAUGGCAGGACUGUACUCAACCUGUGGUUCAUCCCUCACUUCUCUGAGGUCCUAAUCAUGUUCAAGUCCCUGGAAGAGACGGCUUGUUGCAGAGCCCUUCAGCACACCCUGGAGAUAGUGUCUGCACUUCAUGACAUCAUCUAUUAUCUGGCCAUUUUCUCCCGCCUGGGGGAUCAGCCUACCCCCUGCAGUUCCAGGACAAGACUGCGACUUACCGCAGACCGAGAAGCCGCAGAAUGCAUUGGGGCAGAACUCUGUGACAUUCAGCGGCAAGUUGAUAGCCUUGAUGACCCCAGUAGCCCCGAGCGUGUGAUCCGUCUGCUCUGGUGGCACAGGGAGGUGCUGUUCCUGCAGUUUGAGGCAGCCGUGCGCCACCGAAUCAGGGAGACAUUUCUUUCCAAAGGUGACUGUGCAGCCUAUCAGAUAGUGAGUGACAACAUGGGGCAUGCCCUCCCUCUGCUGAGUGACAGUGUGAGCUGCAGUGUGUAUGGCUCCCAGCUUCCCCUGCCUCAGCCCUUGGAGCCACAUUGCCCUCAGACCCAGUCACUGUUUCCAUGGAGAUGCUUCCUCGCACAACAUGGUGCCUUCCCACUGGCCAUCUGUAAUGUCCUGCCCAUUGAGUACUGCAUGCAGUUGUGUUUCAGUGGCCUCAGCGACCACAGCAGGACGGUGGCAAGUGGUGAGAUUCUGGCAGUGCCCCUUCUAAUGGAGGAUGUCCUGAGCUGCGAACGAGAUGCCAUUCCUUUAAGCCUGUGCUCCAGUGACAGCAAGAGCACCCAAAGGAAAGGCGAGGAGGAGCCCAUGGGCUGCUGUGAGAUGGAAGGUGACAGAAGCAUGAAGGUGGCAGAGUGUCCCUUGGCUCCCCGUCGGGACCCCUUGCAGGUUUACUCAGCGCUGAAGUCAUUCCUGGUGCUCUGGAAGCAGCUGGAGGUGUUCAAGGAAACCUGGGGACGACAACAGCUUGGUGUAGAGCAGAUCAAUACACCUGCGCUUUACAAGCAAUUCUCUAAGCUCUACAGAACAGAAAUUGUCUACCCGAGCAUGAGGGCUUUGGCUCGACAGCUGGGCAGAGAGGGAGAAUACCGCUUACCCCUGGCUGACAACCAGCCUAUCCCACCUCCCCUUGGGGCUUCUGAGGCAGAUAUCAAGGCGAAACAGCUGCACAGCCUGCUAGAGAGCAUCGAGGAGGACAUGAUCAUGGCGAUGCAGAGGCGGAUCACCAGAGAGCUGAACCUGGUCAUCUCAGAGCGAGCGCGACAUGACAUUGGUCUUCCAACCGAGCUGUGGAAAAGAGGCCCCAUGCAGCACACCUUCUCUCCUGAACGGCCGUUGAUCAUGGAGAAUUUCAUCCAACAGCUGAUGGAAGGUGCAGAAGAGACAGAGGGAAGGGUGACAUUCUCCCGAGGACACCUGCAGGCAAGCCUGACAGCCCUGGCAUGUUCUAUGAUAGGCAGAGAGAAGAACUGCUUCCAGGCCUACUCCCUAUUCUACGAGAAUAUCCUGCAACAGGAGAGCCAGCUACUCUAUUGCAGAGAACAGGACAUAAAGGCGCUGGAGGAGUCACAGAGACAAAGCUGCAGAACUGAAAAUCAGGUAGCCGAGCUGUGUCGGAGGAUAAUGAUGGAGAUCACUGCCCUGCGCACACGAUUGGUUCACAUGGAGGAGGACUAUAGUGGAUUGCAGCAGCAGAUGAAUUUCAAACACCAGCGCUGCUAUGACUCUCUGGUCCGAGACCUUUUCUCCACCUGCAUCCAGUUGAAGGCCAGGCUGGAUGAAUACCAUGUGCAAAUGGAGCAGGAUGUGACCCAGCUGGUGAGCAGGGUGAGGAAAGAGGCCGUGGACAGCAUUGCCCGGCUGGGGAAGAGGUUCGGAUCCACCGAGGAUGAAGAUUCUCUCACAGAGACGCUGUCAAAGCAUUUGGACCUGCAGAACCUGCGGGAUGAGAACAGCCAGCUGGAAGGCCUCAUAUGCAAACUGAGGGCCCUGGACCAAUGGAAGAAAAGCAGCAGUGAGGUGAAACUUUCCAGCCAGCUGCACCGCUGCAGACAGGAGGCAUUUCUGCUUCUGAAAGAGAAAGCUACAGUAAAGCUGAUGUCAGAGGUGGAGACAGAGAUGCUGCAGCAGGAGCUGGAAGUGGCCAGAAAAGCCCUGAUUCAGUGCCAGGCAGAGUGCAGCAGUGCCAGAAGACAUCUGAAAAAGCAGACCCAGCAACUGCGGGAGGCAGACCAUCGGCAGGCCCAGGAGGAGCGUGGGCGACAGCAGCAGAAUGCUCUGCGCUCGCUCAGCCUGCAGCGGCUGCAAGAGGAAGUCAGCAGCAGGGAACAGCAGCUCAGAAGCCUGAGCAUGCAGAAGGAGCAGAGCAACCGAGACAGCCAACUGCAGCGUCUGCGCAGUCACCAGGAGAUCAAGCGGGUCAGAGGCCAGCUACUGCAGGAGCGUAGCCUGAAACUGGAUGCCUUCCAGCAGGUGGAUGAGCUGCAAAGCCAGGUCUACAUCACAGAGGCAGCUCUCUCCGGAAGCCGUACACAACAAGGGUCACCAUGGUGUAGCUGGCCAGCAGCUCAUUCAUCCUGUUACCUAGUCAGAGAAGGGCACCAGGAUGAUCCAAGCAGUGACCAAGAGACUCACCCGAGCACAGUCCAGAAUGGCAGCAAGACACGAAUCCAGAGACCCAAAACUAGGUCCAGCUGUUUCAGGUCCCAGGUUUCAGAGGCAUUUUUACCGGAGCUUGGUGACAGUGUUCCUCUCGUCUCCCAUCCCAGCUCCACCACCUGAAGCUUGGACAUCAUUCUGGUGGCAGGGGCCCAGUGAAGCCCAUGGAUCCUGCCCUGUGAAAAAAAAAACAGUGGUAUUGUAGCGACAUGACUUUAGAAUGCUACAAACACAUCAAACUAUCACUCUAACUUGUGUGUAGAAAACCCAGAAAAGGCAUGUAAUUUCAAUGUGAAAAGUGAUUUGAAUCCUGUGUGUAACGUCAGGAAUGACUGAAUCUUUUACAGCUGAGAAUUCAAAAAUAAAUAAAAUUAUGUAGCCAAGAUGCAAGCUAAUUUCAAUGCAAAUUUCAAUAGUUUAUUUUGCCUUUAUGACCGCUUUUUAAAUUAGUAAGUGUAAUAUUUCCAUAAAAUGUACUUGCCAUUCUAUUUUACAUGUGCAAAGCUUGUUUCCAUGAGGCAUAUCACAUUGAGAAUUAAAUCACUGCGGACUAAUCUGUGCUUUAGCCCUCUGGUGGAGCCUUCCUAUACAUUGACCCAAUAUCUGUCUUGUCCCACUUACAGACUUCUGAAACUCUGCUAGAGUGAACGUUUUUGGUUUUUGGUCACUUCUUGCUCAGUUACUCAGUUUGGCCGGACAGCCAACCCUAGGAAGAGUCCUGGUGGUUCCAAACUUUUCCAUUUCACAAUUAUUGAGGCCACUGUGCUCCUGGGAGCACUCAAAGCUUUAGAAAUGGCUUCAUACCCUUGCCUUAAUUAUUAAAUUAUUACUUAAAUUAUGCCUCGCCACAAUUUUAUUGAAUUAUGAACACAGCUGAACAAGAGACGUUUGGGGUGCAUGUUAUUUAUCCAGCUUUUGCUCUUUUGUUAUUGUUGUU